AGGUUACAGCAGCGCCGCCGCAAGGAGUGGAGUCUGCUCUUCGUUUGCUCAGCCACAGAUUCUUCCAACACACCACCGUCGUGCUCGUCUCCUCGCCUCCAUCUCCGUCGCGCUUCUCCCACUCCGUCUCUUUCGUUUACGUUAAACCAAAUUUCCCCUGAGUCGCAUCUCCUUCUUCUCGAGCUCUCCACUUCUCAUCCCUCACUCCCUCGAAGCCGCCGUUACCACUGCAGCUUGUCUCGCGUCGUUCCUCCGCUGCGCAGCCGCUGUUCCACCGCGUUGGCUCUGUUCCACCGCGCUCCAUCCUUCCUCUGCUCUAGUUCCGCCGCGCUCUACCCUCUGAAACUCCAGUUCUACGGCGGCCCAAGCCACCCCUUCUCCAGUUCCGUGGCGGUCUAGGCCACUUCUUCUCCAGUUCUGCUGCGUCCAUCCCUCUGUUCUCCCUCACCUCCGUAACUUGAUGAAGCAGUUUUGUUUAAGAUAGAUGACGCUGUAAUAAAAGCAGAAGCUGAUCGCCUCCAACAAGUUCAAGAUCAUGAUCUGAAAGGGAGCCUAUUCUGUAUCUAUCUCUAAGGCUUGUGCAUUAAGGCAUUGAGAUACAACAGAGGCCUGUAUUUGAGAGACUAUUUACAUUGUCUUUGACGCGGGAUGUUUCAUAAUGAAGUGUAGCAAAGGAGAUAUGCUCCUAUGGCUAAUUUUCAGCUAGCUUGUGGUUGCUUAUUGUCAUCUUGUUGAUCUUAUUCAUGGGUUACAUAACUUGAACUACUUAUAUUGCUAUGGCUAAGUUUACUUGGUUUGCAUGAACCUCUUGGGACAUACCACACUCUUGUGAUCUCUAUUGAUGGCAGCCUCUUGCUAUAACCUAAUAUGCAACUGUUACAACCCAUUUUACUCCACUACCAAUGAUGUUACCAAAUUAUGUCGUGCUAGGACUAGAGCAAACUCAUUAUAUCAAAAACCCAGUUAUUAUGAUUUCCGUAAACACCGUUUUGGUGCAGUAUUAGUUGCUAUUGGUAUGGAAGAAACUGUAAAAGAAGAGGUGAAAGAAGAAAAUCACAGAAAGUUUAGGUGGAAUGAGAUAUGCCAUCAGAAUAUGACAAAUGAACAAAAACAGGCCAUAUCUAACCUUCCUUUCAGGAUGGCUAAACGCUGUAAAGCGCUGAUGAGACAGAUUAUAUGUUUUUCUGCCGAAAAGGGGAACAUAUAUGAGCUGUUAGGGGCUUGGGUGAAGAUCAUGAAGCCUUGCAGAGCAGACUGGCUUGCAGUUAUCAAAGAAUUGAAAACUCUGGACCAUCCUCUGUACCUUGAGGUGGCGGAAUAUGCUCUUCUAGAAGAAUCCUUUGAAGCCAACCUUCGUGACUACACAAAGAUAAUCCAUGGCUACGGCAAGGAUAAUCGACUUGAAGAUGCUGAAAAUGUUCUCACAAUAAUCAAGGAAAGAGGCUUCAUCUGUGAUCAAGUGAUCUUGACUGCUAUGCUUGACAUGUACAGCAAGGCUGGACAUCUUGACAAGUCUAAAGAAUAUUUUGAGGAGAUCAAAUUGCUCGGGGAACCUGUGGAUAAAAGAUCAUAUGGCUCGAUGAUCAUGGCAUAUAUCAGAGCUGGAAUGCCUGAACAGGGAGAGAUAUUACUUCAAGAAAUGGAUGCUCAGGAAAUAACUGCAGGCAGCGAGAUUUACAAAGCAUUGCUUAGAGCCUACUCUAUGACUGGCAAGGCUGAAGGAGCACAGAGGAUAUUUGAUGCAAUUCAGCUGGCUGCUAUCCCUCCUGAUGAUAAGAUGUGUGGUCUAGUUAUUAAUGCCUAUGGUAUGGCCCGGCAAAGUCAAAAGGCUCGCAUUGCAUUUGAAAAUAUGAGAAGAGCAGGUAUUGGCCCUACUGAUAAAUGCAUAGCUUUGGUGUUGGUUGCAUAUGAGAAGGAAAACAAGUUAAAUGAAUCAUUAGAAUUUUUAAUAGAAUUGGAGAGAGAUGGCAUUUUGGUUGGAGAAGAAGCUUCUGUAGUAAUGGCUCGGUGGUUCCGAAAACUGGGGGUGGUAGAAGAGGUUGAACUUAUUUUAAGAGACUUUGCCAUAAGCUAGCAUUGUAAGAACUCAGUGGUAGAGUAACGCCAUGGUAAGACAUAAGUCAUCGGAAGUUGCUGCAUCAUAAUUAUUAGAAGCUAUAGUGAACUGUCUUUUCAAAAAGGCUAAGUUAUCAGGUAGAGGCAUACAAACUGCACUUUCACUUGUAAUAUAUAUGUUAUGUUUCAAACAACAGUUGAUCAAUCACAAGCUGCACCCUUUCAGGGAGACCUUCAGCUUUUUCUUUGUGUGUAACAUUUUCUAGCCCAAGACAAAAAACACUAUUGUUUAUGAUCUUUCAAGAGCAAUCUAUUGAAAAUAAAAUGAUAGAGCACAAAGUCUUACUUAUCCUUCUUUGGAUGAAAGAAGUUAAAGAAUCAUCUCGUUGUUUGGAAUCUAGAACUGCAUCCACAAAACAUCUUCAUCAGACAGUGAAUCACCAUGAUCCAAUUUAAAUGCAGACUCUUGAAUCACACUCAAGUCAGAUGUUCUCUGCAGUAAACCGUGACUCCGGGAAGCUGAUUCAAAGCCCUUGUUAGAGUUUAGGGUUUUGACCCGAUUUCACAUGACUGCUACCUUCAUUAUAAGGCAUGGUUCUGUCUAUAACAAUCCUCUCAGAUGCUAUUCCAGUGGCUACAAGCUUGCAAGCUUUAGCCAAAGGGAUGCUAAUGGUUUAGGAGACAGGUUUCUGAGAUUGAACUGUAGUAGAUUCUACAUGUUGAUGUGACUUGAAAGUGAUUCUGAUGAGUGAAAAGCUAAUGCUCACGGAUACUGGCAAAUGCACUAGACUGUUCAAGUAUUAUCACGGUGAGUGAAUAUCGUUCCCACGGGAAUUAACGAAUUGAGGCAAGUAAUGUCUAAUUUAAUCUCUGAUUAGAUCAAUUAAACUUUGGCAGGAGAAAUGUGAAGUAGAAGAACUAACAGUCAAGAUUAUAGAAUGUAAAUGGGAGAGGAUUUAGUGAUUUAUAAAGAAAUCAAGAAUACGGAAUGUUAAAGGCUUUGGAGAUGUUUAUUGAUACAAACAUAUAGUAUACCAAUUAGGACAUAAUUAAUUAUUAGGGAUUCAUAAGUAUUAGUAAUGAGAAAAAUAGUAUAUAUAGGGAUAUG